GCCUGCCGCCGGUUCGUCGACAGCUAAGGCCGCCUGCACCAGGAGAGUUAGGUUCGCCGAAUCAGCUCUGUCCGCCGACCAAUCUCAUCGUUCCUGCUUUGACGCGUCUGCUGCUCCAACGAAAAUCACUCCGCACGGCCGGGAUGGGACUGCUACCCACCGACUUCAAUACCCAGGCCUGCGUCCCAUCACUCCUCAACGCAGCAAAUCCGCGGAAUCCGGCGCUGAAGAUUUGCCUGGCUGGACAACGGUCCAUCGGCGACUCCGCAAGAGAUUCAAUUCGCCUGCGACUUCAUUGAAACCAACAACCGAGCAUUCAAGGUUCCGCCAUCUGGACAACAAAAAUCUUAAGGUAAGCCUGAGAGGUAAAUGCUUCCGAUGUCUGGCCAGAGGGCACUACGCCAUUGAUUGCAGGGAUCCGUUGAAAUGCUUCAACUGCGGCGGCCCUGGACACAGAGCCUGGCAAUGUCCCAAGAAGAUUAGUGCUGCUGCUUCUACCCCCUCUGCCUUCCCACCACCUCCCUGCUUCGACAACGUCAACUUCCCUCCUCUGCGCCAAGUCAACAUGGUGAAGCCUGGCAACCCCAUGGAGCGCCCGCAGGAGACUUUCGCUGUUGCCGCGUCCUCUCGGGACAUGGAUAGCGAGCUGGCGCGGUUGAGCACCCACGCGGCAUGGGCCUGGCUCGGCGGCGUUCGACCGGCGACAAGCACCAACACAGUAAGAAGGGCUUUCUGCUCUAGGUUCAGGAUGCGCGAAGAAGACAUCAAGGUGGUGAGACACUAUCCAGAGGACUUCCUCGUCACCUUUGAACACCAGCAUCACCGGGACACGGCUGUGGCGCAGCGCGACUUCACCUACAACAACAUCGACAUCCGCGUCAGGCCGUGGCAGCUCCCCGUCCACGGCGACCACAGCGUCUUCGGCUCCCACGUGCGCCUGUGCCUGGAAGGCAUCCCUCUGCACGCAUGGAACGAUGGCAUCGCCAAGCGUGCGGUGGCUAAGUCCUGUGUGCUGGACUACGUUGAAGCCCAGUCGCUGCGAAUGGAGGAUGCUACGACGCUCAAUCUGUGGGCGUGGGCGCGAAACCCGUCUGACAUACCUAAGGUAACGUGGCUGACCAUUGUUGACAGGAGCAGCACUGCCCACGACGCCACACCGGCGGGGCGUAGCGGCUUAACCUUCAGGGUCAUCGUCCACCUUGAUAUGGUGGAAGACCCCCCUACCAGGGAUGGCCAUGGGCAUUCACGUGCGUAUGAUUGGAGGCUUGGUGUUGUUGACGGCGAGUGCGAACCACGUGACCGUCACGACCCUCCACCACCUCGCAGCAACCGUCGCAGGGAUGAGGAUGGUGAUAGUGACCGUCGUGGUCGCCGCCCAGGACGCGACGACAGUUGGAGCUCCCGGCUCUUUCGUAGCAUCUCGCGGGCUCCCAGGGACCGCGAGCGGGAGCGCUCGGGGUCGCGCCAUGGCCAGCGCCAUGACUCACCCAGGCGGCGUCACCACCUCGACGGCGAUCAGCAACUUCGUCACCACCUUCAUGGCGAUCAGCAGCCUCGUCAUGCCGGAGGCACGUCGUUGGUUACGCCACAUGUUGGCCGCGACCCGGCGAUUGGUCGUGACCCGGCGAUACGUGGACGCAGCCGUGUGCGCCGUUCCACCCGUGUUGCUGUCCGGCGUGGCCGUUCAGCGACCCCCCCACGGCAUCCUGCUCGCCCCAGAUUUCCACCAAGCGCCUGCAGUCCCGGCAUCCGCAGCUCACGCGGUGGUGGCAACGACGGUUCUCCGCGCCCUGCUGUGAAGGCUGCAGCUCUUCCUAAAGGUCGUUACCGCGUUGGCUGCGUGUACCGAAGGCGACCGCGCUUGGUGCCUAAGGGCCAAGUCGAUCCGGUCCCUGGGGCUGCUGCUGGCGACAGCAACCUUGCUGUCUGGGAUGGCAGCAGGAUGAAGUUCGCAGACAACGUAAGUCUCAUCCCAGUGCAGCGAGCAUUCACAACUAUUCUUGAUUCCCUUCCAACAUGCCCUGCUAUGCAGCUACUGCCUUUGGUGCAGUCUGAGGAGGACCAUGUGCUGUUAGGCUCUCCCUGCAGCACGGUUGCUGCGGGCUACAACGCCGAAGCUGUAAAGGACUCCAAUGUCGACGCUUCCUCUCGGAUGAUAGCUGCGGUGCAUGAACCUUCAACAGAUGUUGCUGCGGUGUCAACCACCGCGCAAAGCCAUCUACUCAACACCAUAUUCACCAAGCCCUCGCCUGCCAUACUCGAGCGACCAGUGCUACAUCCUUCGGAGGGGGUAACAACACCAGCGACCACUCUGUCUACUAUUCCUGCAGCACCUGCUAGAAGAAUCAAGCAGCGACACGGCUUCAACCUUUCGACGGAAUUUCAGGAUUGGUUCAAGAAGCCACUGACUGUGGAGAUGGGGACGGCCCUAGAUGCUCUGUUCAAUCUGGAUACGCCAGACACAGUUCGCCUCGACAAGGCCUUGCUGGGAAUUGCUGGAGAUGCUAUAGCUGAGAUCCAAGAGGAGGUGGACGCCAUGCAUGCAGAGGCCAGAGCAGUUACUGCGGCUUGAUUGAUGGCUGUUUUAGCUCCAUGUUAGAUGAUGAGGGUCUGCUUUUGUUAUGUCAAUGAGUCUCAGCUCAGUUUCUACUACUUUUGUGAGCACCCUGGACUGUAUUGGGUUGCUGUUUUGCUUCAGACCUAUAACAGCCAUGCUUGUGUUGGCCCUGGUGGCCCCUUUAUGUUUCACUGUCAUUAUUGUGCAGUGCUGCAAUUUCAUCCAGCUGUCGGCAAUUAAUCGAGGUGCUUUUCUCCUCCAUGUCUGACUUUAGCAUCCUGUGCUGGAAUGUUAGGGGUUUAAAUUUGCAAGCGCGCCGAGAUGCAGUGCGCGCGAUGAUCUCCACCACCACUUGCCAUCUUGCCUGUUUGCAAGAGACUAAAUUAUCAACGGUCGACAGGUCCAUUGUGAUGGCGCUUGGAGGACCAAAGCUUAAUAAAUUCAGUUUUAAACCUGCGGAAGGAAUUAGUGGAACACGGGGUGGUAUUCUUUUGCUUUGGGAUAGCGACCUACUCGAAUUGUCCAAUUUUACUAUCGGAGAAUUCCACAUAUCUGCAAAUGUCUCUCUUAAGGAUCGUUGUGCUUCCUUCUACCUGACAGUCGUCUAUGGACCAUCUUGUAGAGGCCGCAAGCCUGAUUUUCUAAGAGAGAUGAGUGCACAGAGGCCUCCUUCACCUUCCCCCUGGUUGGUCCUUGGGGAUUUCAACUGCACAUACAAAGCAAGCGACAAAAACAAUUCUAGAGUCAACCCUCGCCUAAUGCUUCUGUUCAGGCAAGCUCUUGACAUUUGCGACUUGAAAGAAAUUCCUUUGCAAAACAGGAAGUUCACUUGGAGCAAUGAGAGACGACAUCCCACUCUCGUAAGACUAGACAGAUUCUUCUGCAACUCUGAAUGGGAGGAGAUGUUCGGAAUAUUUGGUCUGCAUGCACUAUCAUCCUCGGUCUCUGACCACUGCCCGUUGCUCCUAUCCAAUACUACUAUGCCGAGGCGUCCACGUUCCUUUAGAUUUGAGAAUUUCUGGACCAAAUUACCAGGUUACCAGCAUACAGUUGAGCAAGCCUGGCUGGCACCGACCCAACAUCGUGAGCCUUUUCAUAGGCUGUACUACAAACUGCAGUUCACGGCCAAGGCGCUUAAGGAAUGGAGCUCCAAGUUAAUACCUGAUGCUAGACUCUUUAUGUAUAUGGCCCUAGAAGUUAUUCUAAGACUGGACAUGGCACAAGAAAAUAGGGGACUGUCCGACAUGGAAGUGAACCUCCGAAAUAGAUUGAAGAUGCGCAUCCUUGGCUAUGCGGUAAUUGAAAGGGCACGAAACAGGCAAAACUCACGCAUGCUUUGGCUUAAAUUCGGAGAUGCCAACACUAAAUUUUUCCACCGGAAAGCUGGCUCCAGGAGGCGAAAAAAUUUCAUUCAACGGUUGCGGAGCGGUAAUGGGUGGGUCUUCUCGCACAAUGAAAAAGCGCAAGAGCUACAAAAUUUCUUCCAUAAUGCUUUAAAGCGGCCAACCCCUAGAUCUAUCGACCUUAACUGGGACAUUAUCUCUGACCAGCAGUUUGAUCUAUCAAGCCUCGACGCGCCGUUCUCCGAGGAGGAAAUUAAGAGAAGUAUUGAUCUUUUACCAGGAGAUAAGGCUCCAGGGCCGGACGGCUUCACUGGUGUUUUCCUUAAAUCUUGUUGGACCAUUAUAAGACAUGAUCUCAUGGCUGCAGUGAAUGCUUUCUAUAAUAAUCGAUGCCUCAACCUCCAAUUAAUCAAUUCAGCAAACAUCAUUCUAAUCCCCAAAAAGGAAGGCGCGGAGGUAGCUGGGGACUUCAGACCUAUAAGCCUCAUCCAUUCUUUCAUUAAGAUUAUCACCAAAACCCUGGCUCUUCGUCUGGCGCCGAGAAUGAAUGAGUUAGUUUCACCUUGCCAAAGUGCCUUCAUUCAAAAAAGGAGCAUUCAUGAAAACUUCCUUGCAGUUAGAAGCGCUGUUAGGCGCUUCCAGCGUAUUAAUUCGCCCACGCUAUUCCUCAAGCUAGACAUUGAAAAAGCUUUUGACUCCGUCCGCUGGGAUUACUUGAUUGCCUUACUCCGCAAUUUGGGAUUCCCUGUGAGGUGGACUGACUGGAUCGCUUCUAUCCUCUCCACCUCAACAUCAAGAGUGCUCGUUAACGGGGUCCCUAACCCUCCUAUUCAUCAUGAGAGAGGUCUCAGGCAAGGCGAUCCUCUCUCCCCUCUUCUGUUCGUCUUGGCGAUAGACCCUUUGCAAAAAAUUCUAAAGAUCGCCGCGGACAGUGGAGCAUUGAGCAAGUUGGGAAACAGCUCGCCCAGCAUUAGGAUCUCGCUAUAUGCUGAUGAUGCAGCUUUGUUUGUUAAGCCGAAAAAAGAGGAUAUUGAGACAAUUGUCAAGUUGCUCACCUCAUUUGGCGAGGCCUCUGGUCUGAUGACCAAUUUUCAGAAGUCCAUGAUCGUCCCAAUCUGUUGCCAGGGGCUACCCCUUGAUGACAUUCUUAGUUGCUUCCCAGCCAGAAGAGCAACCUUCCCGAUCCGGUACCUGGGCCUCCCUCUCUCCACAACUAGACUCAGGAAGGAGCACUUCCAGUUUUUGGUGGACAAAGUAUUGAACAAACUGAGCAGCUGGAAUGGGAGAAAUUUCUCAGUGGCAGGGCGCUUAAAUCUGGUGAAAACAGUGCUUACCUCACAACCAAUUUAUCUAUUAACCGCCCUUAAUGCUCCCAAGGCAACGAUUAGCCUUCUAGACUCCAAAAGAAGACAAUUCCUUUGGGCUGGUUCUGAACGACUGACGGGCGGAAAGUGCAAAGUCAACUGGAAACGGGUGGCGAGGCCAAAAUCCCUUGGGGGCUUGGGAGUUCUUGACUUGGGCGCUUUUGCGCGUGCCUUGCGCGCGCGAUGGCUCUGGCAUAAUUGCACCUCAUCACAGAAUAUUUGGGACAACUUAGAGAUUCCUUGCUCUGAUGUUGAUAGACUGCUUUUUGCGGCAUCGACGACCAUUGAUAUUGGUGAUGGUUCUAAAAUCUCCUUCUGGGGCAACGCUUGGGUGAGGGGGCAAAGGCCAAAGGACUUGGCGCCUCGUCUCUUUUCUAUAUCAAGAAAUAAGAGGAAAUCUUUAGCGGAGGCGGUCACAAACAAUGCCUGGAUCAUGGAUCUUGCGCUGUUCGACAGACCGAUUACUCCCCACCACAUUCAUGAGUUCUGCAUUCUUUGGUCUGAAGUCCAAAAGAUCCAGUUUCACCCAGAGCGUGAUGAUGCCAUCACCUGGAAUUUCACUGUGGAUCACCGCUACACAGUCAAAUCGGCAUAUCAGGCACAAUUUUUGGGCUCUGUUCACACAAAUUAUGACCUCAUCAUCUGGAAGAACUGGGCGCCUCCAAAAUGCAAGUUUUUCAGCUGGUUAGCAAUUCAAAAUCGCAUUUGGACAGCAGAUCGAUUAGCCGCCAGGAAUUGGCCCCAUGAACCAACUUGCGUCUUGUGUCGUGCUGCCCAGGAAUCGGGGCUUCAUCUUUUUGUGGAAUGUCGUUUCAUCAAAAGAAUUUGGGAGGAAGUUGCUGUCUGGGUAGCUGUUCAGGGCCUGAAGCCGUCUAACUGGGGGCGACCCCCCGAGCUGGGGCAUUGGUGGGAAAAGCUGGCUUUUUUGCCGGGAUGCAAUAGAAAAGGCAUCAGAUCACUUUUGAUCCUUGUAAACUGGGAGAUUUGGCGAGAACGAAA